GGUAGGUGGGCGAGUAAGCAGGGAGAGUCCAGGACCAGGGGGGGGCCCGCAAGCGAAGAGGCAGCCCCCCCACCUCAGGAAGAGGUGUGAAAGCAUAAUGGCGGGCAACAGUUUGGUCCUGCCGAUUGUGCUUUGGGGACGUAAAGCACCCACUCACUGUGUGUCAGCCAUACUACUAAUGGAUGAUGUGUCGAUGAUUGUAACAGGGUGUCAUGAUGGGCAAACAUGUCUUUGGGACCUCUCUUCAGAUCUAGAAAUAAAUCCCAGAGCUCUGUUGUUUGGUCAUACAGCUUCAGUCACUUGCUUGUCCAAAGCCAGUUCCUCAAGCGAGAAACAGUAUAUAGUGAGUGCAUCUGAAAGUGGGGAGAUGUGCCUCUGGGAUGUGAAUGAUGGAAGAUGCAUUGAAUUUACUAAACUAGCCUGCACUCAUACUGGCAUCCAGUUCUAUCAGUUCACAAUUGGGACUCAGCGAGAAGGGAGACUGUUGUGUCAUGGCCAUUAUCCAGAAAUACUUGUUGUGGAUGCUACCAGCCUUGAAGUUCUUUAUUCCUUGGUGUCAAAGAUUUCUCCUGACUGGAUCAGUUCCAUGAGCAUUAUUCGAUCUCACAGAACACAAGAUGAAGAAUUAACCUUGGAUUCCCUCUUAUCUCUUCAGGAUACAGAGCCAAUCUUUGAGGAGGAAUCUAAACCAAUUUACUGUCAGAACUGCCAAAGCAUUUCUUUCUGUGCAUUUACCCAAAGAUCACUUCUGGUUGUCUGCUCCAAAUACUGGCGGGUGUUUGAUGCUGGAGAUUAUUCCCUGUUAUGCUCAGUUCCCAGUGAGAAUGGACAGACUUGGACAGGUGGUGAUUUUGUGUCAGCAGACAAAGUCAUCAUAUGGACAGAAGAUGGUGAAAGUCUUAUCUAUAAACUCCCACCCAGUUGUUUGCCAGCUAGUGAUUCAUUUCGCAGUGAUGUUGGAAAAGUUGUAGAAAAUUUAAAUCCUCCUCAACUCCAUUGUGUUGUAGACAGAGCGGUAGAGAAAGAAGAUAAACGGUUAUUAAUUUGCCCUCCUGUUACCCGAUUCUUCUAUGGUCGUAGGGAGUGUUUUCAUAAACUGUUGAUCCAAGGAGACUCCUCAGGGAGGCUUAGCAUUUGGAGUAUACCAGACACACUCGAUCAGCAAAAUGUGACAGAAGGAUUGAAAGUGACUACAUCUACUUCUCUACAAGAAGCAUUUGAUAAACUGGUACCCCGCCCUGCUGGAAUUAUAGAUCAGUUGAGCUUCUUACCAAAUAAUGAUGACCCACUUAAAGUAACAGCAAGUGUCUAUAUUCCGGCCCAUGGACGCCUGGUUUGUGGCCGUGAAGAUGGAAGCAUUGUCAUUGUACCAGCAACUCAGACCGCGAUAGUUCAGUUGUUGCAAGAUGAACAUGUGAGAAGAAGAGGUUGGCCACCUCAUAGAACUCUGCGGGGUCAUCGCAACAAAGUCACCUGUUUGCUGUAUCCUCACCAGGUUUCUUCUCGUUAUGACCAAAGAUACUUGGUCUCAGGUGGUGUAGAUUUUUCUGUUAUAAUCUGGGACAUCUUUUCUGGAGAAAUGAAGCACAUCUUUUGUGUGCAUGGUGGAGAAAUCACACAACUUUUGGUGCCUCCAGAAAAUUGCAGUUCAAGAGUUCAGCACUGUGUUUGCUCUGUGGCCAGUGACCAUUCAGUAGGACUUCUGAGUUUGCGAGAGAAAAAGUGCAUAAUGUUAGCUUCGCGACACCUCUUUCCUAUUCAAGUCAUAAAGUGGAGACCAUCAGAUGACUACCUAGUUGUUGGCUGUUCUGAUGGCUCUGUAUACGUGUGGCAGAUGGAUACUGGGGCCCUUGACCGCUGUGUAAUGGGAAUAACAGCCGUUGAGAUCCUGAAUGCUUGCGAUGAGGCUGUGCCGGCCGCAGUCGAUUCCCUCAGUCAUCCUGCCGUCAACUUAAAACAGGCCAUGACCAGACGUAGCCUUGCUGCAUUGAAAAAUGUGGCCCACCAGAAGCUGCAGACUCUCGCCACCAACCUGUUGGCUUCCGAUUCAUCUGAUAAAGGAAAUUUGCCUAAAUACUCUCACAAUGCUCUGAUGGUUCAGGCCCUGAAGACUAACUUGACAGACCCAGAUGUCCACGUACUUUUCUUUGAUGUUGAAGCCCUGAUUAUUCAGCUGCUAACUGAAGAAGCCUCCAGGCCUAAUACAGCCCUUAUUUCCCCAGAGAAUUUACAGAAAGCAUCUGGCAGUUCUGACAAAGGGGGUUCCUUCCUGGCUGGCAAGCGAGCAGCAGUCUUGUUCCAGCAAGUCAAAGAAACAAUCAAAGAGAACAUAAAAGAACAUCUUCUUGACGAGGAUGAUGACGAUGAAGAAUCGAGGCAGAGGAGAGAAGAUAGUGACCCAGAGUAUCGCUCCAGCAAAUCUAAACCGUUAACACUCUUAGAAUAUAAUCUGACCAUGGAUACAGCUAAACUGUUUAUGUCAUGCCUUCAUGCUUGGGGCCUGAAUAGUGUUCUAGAUGAGCUUUGCAGUGACCGUCUGGGGAUGUUGAGACCUCACUGUUCUGUCUCUUUUGGCUUGCUUUCAAGAGGAGGUCACAUGUCUCUGAUGCUUCCUGGAUACAAUCAGCCUAUAGGCAAAAUGACCUCUAGUGAUGUGGAGAUAGGAAAAUCUGUAGCUCUCACAGAGGGGCAUAUCAGGGGUACGUACGGCAUAUCACGUGCAGUAACUACUCAGCACCUCCUCUCCAUAAUUUCUUUGGCCAACACCUUGAUGAGUAUGACGAAUGCAACAUUUAUUGGUGAUCAUAUGAAGAAGGGGCCAGCCAGACCACCUAGACCAGGAACUCCUGAGCUUACCAAAGUGAAGACUCCUGCACCAGUUCCUAGUCCAACUGCUCAAGGCCUGAUUAAACAAGUUGCUCCUGCUGUUUCUGCUAGCACUGAAGCUGAUCACUCUGGCUCUGACCCUGCUCCUCCUUUACAUACCUGUUUCUUAGUAAAUGAAGGAUGGAGUCAGCUGGCUGCUAUGCAUUGUGUUAUGCUCCCUGACCUGUUGGGCUUGGAUAAAUUUAGACCACCUCUCCUUGAAAUGUUGGCUCGUAGAUGGCAAGAUCGAUGCUUGGAGGUGAGAGAGGCUGCCCAGGCCUUGCUGUUAGCAGAACUGAGAAGAAUUGAACAGGUGGGGAGAAAGGAAACAAUUGACAUGUGGGCUCCUUAUUUACCACAGUAUAUGGACAGUGUUAUAUCACCUGGAGUGACCACAGAAGCCAUUCAGACUGCUACUCCUACUUCUGAACCAUCAGGAUCUGAAACCAAGAUUCAAGAAGAAGAACAUGACCUGACUGAUGAUGAUAUAUCUGCAGGUUCUCUAUCAGGACUUCCACAAAUAAAAAAGAUAUCUAUGUCAUAUGAAGAGAGACGGAAGCAAGCUACGGCUAUUGUUCUGCUAGGAGUAAUUGGAGCAGAGUUUGGAGCAGAAAUUGAACCUCCAAAGUUGCUGACCAGGCCACGUAGUUCUAGUCAAAUUCCUGAAGGCUUUGGAUCAACAAGUGGUGGCUCAAACUAUUCCUUGGCAAGACAUACUUGCAAGGCCUUGACAUACCUUCUGCUGCAGCCUCCCAGCCCCAAGCUUCCUCCUCACAGCACCAUCAGAAGAACUGCAAUUGAUCUCAUAGGACGAGGGUUUACCGUAUGGGAACCUUAUAUGGAUGUCUCUGCUGUGCUGAUGGGCCUUUUGGAGCUUUGCGCUGAUGCUGAGAAGCAACUUGCAAACAUCACAAUGGGACUGCCUCUGAGUCCUGCAGCUGACUCCGCCCGCUCUGCACGACACGCUCUCUCGCUCAUUGCCACGGCCAGACCACCCGCCUUCAUAACAACUAUUGCCAAGGAGGUACAUCGGCAUACUGCUCUCCAAGCGAAUACUCAGUCUCAACAGAACAUUCAUACCUCUACGCUGGCACGGGCAAAAGGAGAGAUCCUGAGAGUUAUUGAAAUCCUUAUUGAAAAAAUGCCAACAGAUGUAGUGGAUCUCCUUGUAGAGGUUAUGGAUAUCAUCAUGUAUUGUCUUGAAGGUUCACUAGUCAAGAAGAAGGGACUCCAGGAGUGCUUUCCAGCCAUCUGCAGGUUCUACAUGGUCAGCUAUUAUGAGCGGAGUCACAGAAUAGCAGUUGGAUCUCGCCACGGUUCAGUGGCCCUCUACGACAUCCGGACUGGAAAAUGUCAGACCAUCCAUGGCCAUAAAGGGUCCAUAACCGCUGUUGCUUUUGCUCCUGAUGGACGGUAUCUUGCUACUUACUCCAACACAGACAGUCACAUUUCCUUCUGGCAGAUGAACACUUCUCUUUUAGGAAGUAUUGGAAUGCUGAAUUCUGCACCACAGCUCCGUUGUAUCAAAACAUACCAGGUCCCCCCGGUCCAACCUGCAUCUCCAGGCUCCCACAAUGCCCUCAAACUGGCCAGGCUCAUCUGGACUUCCAACCGCAAUGUUAUUCUUAUGGCUCAUGAUGGCAAAGAACAUAGAUUUGUGGUGUAGUCUGGAUAGGCAUGCUCAUCUUUUGCUUCCUCUAAAUACAAUUUUGUUUUAAAGUCCCCUGUAAAUCUUAUCUCCCUCUUUGUCAUCUUAACACUGGAGGGUCCACACUAGUAUCCACAAAAGCUAUCCCACAAGAUAACAGGUGGCAUUUAUUCUGCUUGCUUCUCCUCUACAGCAGAGCCCUGCUUAAGCCUGUUGUUGACUUUAGAUGGGUGCAUAUCAGCUCAGCAGCCUAUAUAGCAGUUAUGCCGGCAUGUAGGGUUCUCAUUAGGGCAGGAGAGAGGAUCUUGAGAAGGAUUGCGGCUGGUUCAGUAAGACUUUCAAGGAUGUUAAUUUCAUCGACUUCAAAAACAAGCACGUCAGUCACAAUAUUUAAGCUGGGCUGAAUCUAAUCACUUUCUGAAAGGCUACAAAAAAUCUAUUCUGGAUUUUAAAAACCUUUUUUUUCUUUAAAAAAAGUAUUUCGCAUCCUGAUGUUUACCAAAAGCUUAUUUGUUUACGUAGAUCAUCCUUCCAGUAGCUGUUGGAGGAUCCGUGGGUUAUGAUUUAUUUAUUUUGGGGGGGGGGAACCAUACUGCAAAUCUCAGUCCAGAGAGGUAGGCCACUAAAUACUCAUGCAGUUGUCCAAGAGCACCCUCUUACUGUUCUUUGCUUUACUGAAAAAAAAAAAAAGAUGGCCCUCCAUGUGCAUUGCAGUUCCUAGAUGUCCACUAGAGAUGCUGGUUCUCAGCAUUAAAGGUGUAUCGUACUUGUCUAGCUUGGAAUUUUGCAAGAAAAUAUAUGGGAAAGGGGAGAGGGGAAUAUGAGAAUGGCUUCCUCCUAUACAUUCUUGAUUGAUUUGGAACUGGUGGCAUACUUUAAUGAGUGAAAAGGCAAUUUUAUGUUUCCUAUGUCAGGGAAGAUGGAAUUAAUGUCAUCUGUGGUGUUCAUUUCUUUUGUUUUUAAUGAAAAUUGUGCAGGGCUAGGAGAAGGCAUAUGAAUAUAAAUGUUUUGUUUUGCUGCUAAUAUAGAUAUUUAUAUCUGCCAGUGUUUUCUCCUGCACUGAGCAGGGUGAGGAUAUGAAGGUCUCUCACAUUUACACCAUUGCAUUUUAUUGUGAUAUACAAUAAUCAUGAUACAGCACAUUUCCAGCAUUUUAAUUUUAUCAGAGGAUAAAGAUGUACGGUAAGUGCUGAAAGGAUUUCACAAAACACAUCACUGAUCAUUACUGCAGGAAUGAAAAUGUUAAUUCAGUUUUAGUAAGUCAGAAGAGCAUUUCCUGUAUCAAGCAGACCAUUUGUAUUGUAAACAGUUAAUGUUAACAUAUCUACCAUGUCUCACGUAUUUAUUUUUGCCUGAACAGCACCAGGUUUGUGUUCAUAGGACAAUGGGGGAAACGGUAUACAAAGCAUCUUGGUUAAAUCCCGGUACAUCUGAGUGCAUGUAUACUUGUGACUGUGGUUACUUCUUGCAUUUUCUUUAAUUUGUUUCCAGGGGAAAUGCAGAGUUCUUAGUGUAUGCUAGCAACCUUAACAAAAAUGAAACUUGUAGAAAAUUCAGAAGUGGAACUUGAAGAAUGAAGGCAAGAAAAGUAUCACUUCUUAGUGAAAAUGUACUGUGCUGUGUUUUAAGUACUGCUUCUGCACAAUCCCCACAAAAAUGAAUUUAAGUUGUAAAAGAGCAGUAUCUUUGUGCUUCUUACACUUAUUUUUAACAGAGUUGCAUCAGAGCAUUUCAUGUCUACAUCGAUCUUUAAUUUUAAUUAAUAUUUUUGUUAAACAACUACCUGGUCUGUUCAAUACACUGUACGUGUAACUAGGAUUACAUAGACGGCCAUCAACAUAUCUGUUUAAGAUUAUAAAAACUGAUAAAGAAAUUAAAGAUCAUUAGGAAUGUUUCCCAGAGAUGUACAUUUAUUUUAUUUUUAAUUCUAGCAAAACUUAAAUAUUGUAUUUAGUGUGGUAAAAAUUCGGUUGUGGAAUAUGAGCUCUGUGUGUUGAUUUUUUUUUCUCUUUUAAGUGAACCUUUGCAAUAUGGCUUUAUAUUAUAUUUAUGAAAAGUGGCUGUAGGAUUUGGAAAAGGCCAGAUAAAACAUAGAUUGCAUACACGUUUGUUUAAAUAACUGUGUACUGUCAAGUUGAUUCCAACCUAUGGCAACCUUUUUCAGAGUUUUCUGGUUAUGGAGUACUCAGAAGUGGUUUACCAUCUUUGCAUUUUGGGGAGACACUGGGACUGUGCAGUUUGCCCAAGGGUGCACAAGUUGGCUCUUCCUCUGGGGUGCACAGUGGGAAACCAAACUACCAAACUUUGGUUUCAGUGCCAGAUACCUGUAAUUCACUGAGCUAUCCAGCCAGCACACUUUUAUUCUUUGAACCAGAAUGUUACAAUGGCAUAAAUGAAGAAAGAAAAACUUUUUGGUACCUUUCCUUUUAGACAUUCCUGAGUUUUUGUUUUUAAACAUACCUCUCUUGCUCAUGCGUUCCUUCCUGUACACGUCCUGCAGUCCAAAGCACCUUGGGACUCUUGGCUUAUACAGGGCUUGGACUUGGCCAAGAAGCUGUCUUGUCAGUUCAGAGUUAGAUAAUGCUUCUUCAGGUCAUGGACCUUCAUAGGAAGAGCCACUCCCUAGAAGAAAUUGGAAGGAGCAGCUCUCUCCCUCCACUUGCACCAAGAACUAGGUAGACCUGCUCUGAGUAGAACUUCAUAUUGCUCUAAAUACCAAGCUGUCACAAAUAAUGGUGUCUCCCUACCAAGUUCCUGUUGCCUCCCAUGUUGCAAACAAUACCUACAUAAUGUCCUGAUGAGUUUGUCCACCAGCAGCCAGUCAUGUUAGGCAGGGACAAAGAAACACGUGUGGUCAUGACAAUCAGGUUAGAGAUAAAAUCUGGCACAAGAGAGGAAAAGACCCACGAUCUGAUUGUGGUCCUCAUGCCAGGAGCCUCUGUAUGUGUUGUAGUGAGAGGGUCCACUCUUUUCACCUGUUAGGCUCUGUUUCAUUGGUCUGUACAAGUGCAGAUCUUCCAAGCGUAACUGCUCCAUGUAUGUUCAUUUUAAUGUGGUUUGUACCAGGGGUACUGCACAUUUACUUACAUUGGAAGGUAUGCCAAAAACAUUAUACUCAAGUGAAUGGCAACCAAUAAUUGGCCCAGUUCUGAUUUUUAGUGGGAUGCUUUAAAAACAUGUCCAUGUGUUCCAGAUUUUUUUUUUAAAUGCAACCAUGAAUAUAUGCCACCACAUUUCUUGUCAUCAAGAUGUGAUCCAGUGCUGACAAGUCUCUAAAACUAUUUUGAAUGUUGCGCUUCUGAAAAUUAUGUCUUACGACUGCAGCUGUGGAACACAUGACAUAUUAUGUCUGUAAAAAGAAAAUUGGGGCUUUUAAGCCAAUAAGAAAGCUAGUAGUCUAUGUGAAGGAGUAAUUUAAACAGAGGAAUCAAUAUUUAUGUACUAGUAACUGCAACAGUCCUCUAGGCCCUGAAUGGGGACCCUGCACAGCCCCCUCUCUGAAAUGAAUGGAGGCUGUUUUGCAGCAAUGUGUUUAGUGGAUUUUUAUCUAGAGUUCCCUUAACAUCCUCAAUAUGUAAAUCUGCACAUGAGUGACUUUCUCUGCAAACUUCAUCAGAGCUUAGAUCUUUCAGUACCACAGUAAAAUUUGUAUUGUCAUUCCACUGUAAGCUUUUAGUGUUUUAUUGAUUUGUUUAGUACUGUAUUUGGAUUUGUCCUUGUAAAUGUAGAGACGUGUGUGGCUUCAUUGGCAGUUUACAAGCAAAAGAUGACAUGAUGAGACACCUGUAUGAAAAUGUUGUCAUGACCAUAGUCACAGUGUGUGGUAACUGAUUAAAAUGUCUGCCUCAGAAAA